AGUAUGACAACCGGAAAAGCCAGAAGAUCACUAAACGUAUAGUCAGACAUGCGCAAGCUCAAACUUUCAUCUGAGAGCUUGACUGGGAAUAGGCAUAUUCACAUCUCGUCCCUGAGGCGUGAAAAGUUUUUGAUGAUCAAGGUCAGAAUGAUCAGACCAGUUCGCCUUCAAAGUGUGUUAUCGAUCAUUAUCUUGAGGGCUCUUGUCAAGCAUGUGGUAGCAAACUUCACACUGGGAGCGAGCGGAACGUCUUUCCAGUGCACAGACCAGGGAAAUUUAUGGUGUUUUGGAAACGCAAGUGCGAGUCCCGCAGGUCUGAUGCUCACUCCAAUCUAUAGGCCCAACAUGACUCAUGUAUAUUACUCUCCCUCAGCCGGGAUGGCACUGUCUACAACUCAAAUCCCGCUGCAAAAGAGUGAGAGCGAUCCGACCCGAACGUCGAUCUCCUUCAGCACUUCUUUCCGCUUCACCAUCGAACCUUCUUAUCCAAAUUAUCGGGGCGACGGGAUGGCAUUUGUGAUGCUCAGUGAAGGUCUUCAAGGCUUUUAUGGAAGUUCUUUGGGAGUCUUCGAUACACGCGGACAUCAGAUCGCCAGGACACUGGCAAUCGAGUUUGACACUCAUGAAAAUUCGGAUGUCGGGGACGAAAACAACAAUCAUGUGGGAGUGGACGUACAAGAUGUCAAUUCAACAUUAGCAAGAAGCGCCUGGGAUGUCAGUAUAGAUCUUGCUGGAAGUUAUAGCAUAUACUCGUGGAUAGAUUACAACUCCUCGGCUCAAAACCUGGAGCAUCAUCUCCGGAACCAGGUGGCGGAGGCAAAGUACCGGUUGCUUUGAUCGCUGGAGUCUCACUGGGUGUCGUGCUGUUAAUCUCAAUCCUGGCUAUCGUUGAACUGGUCCUUCGACAGAAGAAAUUGAAUCGUCCUGAAGGUGGGGAUAUGCCAGCGCUCAGUGUGGAUGGGAUGGACUUGGGUGUCAGAAGAACUCUUGAAUAUGACUUUUGA